AUGGGGAACGAAAUUUCUGGACGUCAAACGGAAGUCAGCACCAAAUAUGGAAUCGAUUUAGAUCAAUUGCGAAAAUGGUAUCAUGAACACUACAUCAAUUUUUUGAAAAAAGAAAUUUCGGAUAAAACGUGGGAAAAUAAAUACGAAAGUGUUAUGAAAGACGAUAACGAUAAACCUAUAAAUGAUGCAGUUAAGAAAUUUUGCAAAUGGAAAGAUAUACAAAAGGAAAUAUUUGAAGCGGUAUUGGACAAUCAUAGAUUUUUAUUAUAUACAUGGGAAGAACGAGCAAAGAAAUUUAUAGAUGAAGCACAAGAAACCCAUUUUAAUGGCAAAAGGUGCGACUAUGAUGAUAAAAAAAAUCAAGAUGAUGAAAUUAGUGGUUCCACUACUACUACUAAAGGUAGUAAUAAAUCUAUAAAUUUGAAAGGAUGUUUACCAAAAAGACGAGAAAAUUUAAAUAUAAGAUUAAGAAAUAUGAAGAAAUAUAUUAAUGAUAUGAAAAAACAAUAUGCAAAUACAAAUGGUUCAAUGAUGGACACAAUUAUUGCUACGACUGUUAUAGGAAGCCUUGCGUUACACACACAGAACGAAAUAGAAAAUUUAAUGAAAGAGAAACGAAGUAAUAUGGAUAAUGUAUGUAAAUUAUAUAGGAGAACGUUUGCUGAUUAUAAAGAUAUAUCAGAAGGUAAAGAUAUUGUAAAACAUUAUAUAUCGGAAGAAGUGAGAACUUUGUUAAGUGAUAUAAGCAAAAAUGUAGGAGAAGGAGAAAUGGAAAAGUUAUGGGAAAAACAUUUUAAGAAAGAUGUAGAAGAGAAAUUACAGAAAUUAGAAUCCUCUAAAAAGGGUUCCAAUGCUGAAAAAUUAUGUACGUUAGAUCAUUCUGAUGAAACAAAACCUCAAUGUUUACGUUACAUGGAAGAAUAUUUAGAAGAAUUUUUGGAACAAAAAAUAUUAUUUGAAUGGUUUAUAGGAAAUACAUGUAAAAGUAAAAUAAAUAGGAAUGUUAAUUGUGCUGCGCAUUGUAAGAAUUAUGAAAAUUUUUUAAAUGCACGUAAAAGGUGUUAUGAAAAAUAUAAAAGUCAAUGUAAAGAAAAUUUAAAAACUGACAAAAAAUACGGUGAUGAAAAUGUAUAUUAUCAAGAUGUAAAAGAGAUCGAAAAACGAAUAAAAGUAAAAAGUGGUUGCGAUAAGUGUGGCAAUGAUUAUAAUGUCAAGUUAGACCCAUUAUUUGAUCUUCAGAAUUUUUCAACGAACAAAAUAUAUUUUUGUAACUGUAAUGGAGAUGAUAAAAAAAAAUCACCUCCAUGUAGUGACAAACAAAAUAAACCUACUAUGUCACUUAAAGGGAAAUGGCAACAAGGUAUACAAAACAAACAAACACAACCGAUAGGAGUGUGCCAACUCGACUGGGUUAAACACCAUUCUGUUGCCGGAAGAGGUGAGGACCCAUGUGCAGGUGUACCUAGCGGUAGUCCAUGGAAAUGUAGUAUGCUUGAUAUAACAGAAGAGGGAAUAUGUUUGCCUCCACGAAGACACGAAAUAUGUAUAUCGAAUAUACGAAAUUUGGGAGAAGGUGAUAUUAGUCAUAUGAAUAGUGAUAAAUUAGUGUUGGAACUGAUGCUCGCAGCAAAACAGCAAGCGUGGAGACUACGUGAGAGACAUAAAAAACAUAAAACUGGUAUGCUUGGUGACACUACUGCGUGUAAUGCCAUAAAGUCAAGUUUUUAUGAUUUUGGAGAUAUAAUUAAAGGUACAGAUAAAGCUAAUGACCACAAUUCUGUGGCUGUGCAGGAUAAUUUGAGGAAAAUAUUUGAAAAACUUAGAAAUGAAUGGAAAUCCAGUGGUAAUGCAGACAACACGAAAUAUAACACUACCGCUGCUUUUGAUGGAUUGAAACAAUUACGUUCAGAUUGGUGGAAUGAAAACAAAGAAAAUAUAUGGGAAGCAUUUGAAUGUGAUGGAAAUAUAAGCAAAGUGUGUGGUAAUGGAACACCACAGGAUAAUAGCUCGCAGUUUUUAAGAUGGUUGGAAGAAUGGGCAACCGAAUUUUGUCGCGAAAAAACAUGGAUGCAACAAUCUGUGAAUAAGGCGUGCAAAUCAUGUGGCAAGGAAGAAUGUGAGUCAUCGUGGACGUCGUGGUUUUCGUUCAAUUGGCUUCGUCCUAUAGGUGAUAUCUGCGACUGCAAAACUAAAUGUAGAGAAUAUUCUAAUUGGAUUCAUGAACAAAAAUCUCAAUUCGAUAAACAAAAAAAAUACUAUGACGAAAAAGUGACAAUGUUUGAUUUUGGUGAAACCAUUAAUGGUAGUCAUAAUAGUACUACUAAAAUUAAUGUUUCCGAAUAUUUGAAAGAGAAAUCGCAACGUAAUUGCGCACAUAUCGAUUUCUCAAAACCUGAAGUGAUAUUUUCAUCCUAUCCCGAUGAGUCCCACUACAGACAUAAAUGUAGUAAAUGUUAUGCUCAACUUGAAGCAGAUCUAACACACAAAGACGGAAAGGAAACGACUGUAUGUGGCAUCGAUAAAAUAUUAACUAAAGAAGAUAGUAACAUAACGCAUAAUUGUGAUGGUAAAAGUACAAAAACAAACGGUAGUAAGGAAUGGUCAACAAAAGAUAUAAGUAAUAAAAAUAUUGGUAUAAAUGUAGAUAAGGUUGCUGUUCCUCCUAGAUAUGAAGAUAUAUGCAAAGACACAAUCACAGGCAAUAGCGCGAGGGAGAACUACAUGUCUUCCCAUGAGUAUUAUGAUAAUAAUCGUAUGUUGUUAUCUGAACUUAUAUUAAUAGCAAAACAUGAAGGAAAAUUAUUAUGGGAUCUUUACGUGAAUAAAGGAGAAGAAAAAUAUAAAGAUGCAGGCAAAAAUAAAAUAAAAGCUUGUACCACCAUGAAAAGAACUUUUGCCGAUAUAGGUGAUAUAGUUAAGGGGACAAAUAUCGUGGACAAGGAUAAUAACCAAGUCGAACAUCAUUUGAAAGAAAUGUUCGAUAAACUGAGGGAACAAUACUAUUCCUUUGCAGCGGAUGGAAGUGACUAUUAUAUCGGUAAUUAUAGUAGUGGUGGUAAAGAUGAUGAUGGACUACUUUUGUUUCGCAAAAAUUGGUGGGAAACGAACCGUCAUAUAAUCUGGGAAGCGUUCAAUUGCGAUAGACUUAACAACGAAUGCGCAAACCAUAACGAUAUUGAUAAGGUCCCACAAUUGUUACGAUGGUUGGAUGAAUGGGCCGAAGAUUUUUAUCAACAACGACAGAAAAAAAUAGAUAAACUGAGAAAUGAUUGUGAAGAAUGCAUAAUGAACAGUGACAAAUCCCAACCUAAUACUACACAAAAAUGUUAUCCUGAAGAUAAAUGCAAAACAUGUCAAGAAAAAUGUACACAAUAUAAAAAUUGGAUAGGAAAUUGGAAACAACAAUGGGAACUUUUUAAAAAAUAUUAUGAUGAACAAAAUAAAGAUAGUACAUUUAAAAAUUAUGUUAGUGGAAAAACUAUUUCUGAGUAUGUUGUAAAAAAAUUGAAAGAUAUAGGAUAUAGUAAUAUUACCUCUUUUGAUGAAUAUGAUGCAUUUGCAAAUUAUCCCAAUUCAUAUAAAAGAAUAUGUUCUUGUCAACCUACGGAAACUACCUCAUCAGAUCCUACCAAUCACGAAAAUAAUUGUGAUGACAAUUUUAAAUCUCAGUGGAAUUGCGACGACAGAACUAGACCUACCAUAAAUACAAAGAUGUGUAUUAGGGAAAAUGAUAGUACAGCUAGUAAUAGUGGUAGUGAUGGUGAUAUGUUAUUCUUUAAUAGUUUUACACAAUGGUUAGACGAAACAUCGUAUAAUAUGAAUGAAAAUACUAAUACGCUAUCCCAAACAUGUAAUAAAAAAAUUAUCGGUGCAAACAAACAAAUUAAUACCAGUAACGAAAAAUGUGAAGAAUGUCAAAAAAACUGUACAUGUUAUAAAACAUGGAAACACAAAAUUGCUGAACAAUGGCGAAAACAAAAAACAUAUUUUAAAGAAGAAAAAACAAAAAAAAACAGUACAAUGCAUAAUAUUGAUCUUAAUGAUUUUUUACACGCAUACUGUUUGAUAAAAAAUGAAAAGCGAACAGAAAAUGAAUGUUUACCAAAGGAUAAAAGUAAAAAUAUUAUUGAUGAAAAAUUAGAAGAGACGAAUACACGUAACACCAAUGUAUGUGAUAUAUGUCUUGAUGAAGAUAAAGGAAAACAAGGUAGUACUGUUCAUAAUUGUAGUGAUACGAAUAUAUCGAGUAUAAAAGGAUUAUGUAAUACAAAAGAUUAUGAUAAUAUAGAAAAUAAUGGAGUAUAUAAAAAAGAUUGGAAAGUAGCUAAAAAUGGUAAUAUAACAAAUGAUAAAGUUUAUGUCCCACCACGCAGACAACAGUUAUGUAUAUCAUAUCUUAAGGAUAACGGAGAUAUUAAAUCUGAUGAAAAUUUAAAAAAAUAUUUAAAAGCCUCUAUUAUGAAUGAAACAAAACAAUUAAUAACAUAUUAUGAAACUAUCAAUCCUGUAACAGGAAAUAGUGAUAAAAAAUCGAAAGACGAAAAUAAUUUACCUAUAGGAUUUUGUAAAGCUGUAGAAAGAAGUUUUGCCGAUCUAGGAAAUUUCGUUAAAGGAACAAAUUUGGAUUAUCCUAGUGGUGAUAUAGAAAAUUUAAAAACACAAUUAGAAACAUUUUUUCGAAAAAACACUAAUGAAAAAAAUUCUACCAGAUGGUGGGAACAAAAUAAACGAGAAUUGUGGAAAGCAGUGAAAUGUGGAAUAAACGGUGGUACUUCCACGGGGCCCCAAUGCCCUCAAAAUAUUGAUUUUGAUCGCCGCGAUCAAUUUUUACGAUGGUUUGAAGAAUGGGGAGAAUAUGUGUGCAAGGAACAUACAAAAAAUUUAAAGGAGUUGUUGGAUCAGUGUAAACAUUGCGAUAAUGCUCUAAAUUGUGGCGCUAAUACUGGUCCUAUAAGUGGUGGUAGUCGUGGUGGUACCAAUACAUGCGAUAGCGGGAAAUGUACAACUGCUUGUGGAAAAUAUAAAGCAUGGAUAAAAAAACGACGAGAUCAAUGGACAAAAUUGUCAGAGAAAUACAAUGAAAAGAAAUCACAAUAUAAAGAUGAUGAUGAAGAUGAGGCAACGUUUUGGGCAAAACAUAUGAUUCCAUCUAUAUAUUUGAAAUUCUUUAAUAUUGAUACAUGUUCUAAAACGUUUUUUAAAACUUUAUUUAAUGAUAAAUAUGAGUAUGGAGAUCAACAGAAAUUAUGCGAAUGUGAUAAAUCGAAACAUGAUAUAAAUCCCGCUGAUGAAACCGAUAUACCUGCACCGGAUAAUAUAACAUUGAAUCCUUGUAAUGUUCAUAAUCAAAUAUCUACUUGUCAUCAAAAAAAUUUUGAUGGAGUUGUGUGGACAUCAAGAUAUAUACGACCACAAAAAGACGGAAGUCCAAUGUUUGGUGUAUAUGCCCCUCCGCGAAGACAAAAGCUUUGCGUCGGAAACAUAUGGCAACAUGCAACGGACAAAAACACUUUAUUGAAGGAAUUGAUGCUUGCAGCAAAAAAGGAAGGAGAAUUUCUAAAAAAAUAUUUUGAAAGCCAACAAAAUGGGGGUAAAGGAAGUAGUGAUAACUAUAAGGAAUUCUGUAAAGCUUUAGAACGAAGUUUUUAUGAUUUGGGAGAUAUAGUUAAAGGUAUUGAUUUGAGGGGUGGAGCGAUAGUUACGGCAACGGAAAAAAAAAUUCACGAAAUAUUUAAAAAUGAACUCAAUGGUAGUAAUGGUAGUAGCGCAACAACAGUUAAUGACAAACAAAUAUUGGACACACGUAAAAUCUGGUGGGAAUCUAACAAAUCUGAUGUUUGGAAAGCGAUGAAUUGCAACAAUAAGUGUAAAUUCACUGUCCAUAGUGAUACUACUCCACAAUUGUUACGAUGGUAUGAAGAAUGGUACGAAGAUUUUUGUAAACAUAGAAAUCAACACCUUGAUAAUAUCAAUGAAAAAUGCAAAGGAAAGGAUCCUAAUGAAAACUGUGUGAAAGGAGAUAAAGAAUGUGAAAUUGCUUGCACUGAAUACAGUAAUUGGCUCACACCUAAACAUUUUGAGUGGAGAGCACAAAAACAAAAUUACCAAAGGAAAAAACUUAAUGAACAUAUGAAAGGAAAGGAGUUUCAAAAUUCUAUCAAUGGAAAAAAUAAAUUAGAGGAUUAUUUAAAAGAUACAUAUUAUAACAGUAGUCAAUGUUAUAAUAGCAAAAUUGAUGAAAUGGAUAAAAUUGUUAAAAAAAGCGAUACAGAUUAUAAAGAAAAAUACGAACCCUUAUGUAGUAGAUGUCGAAUGAAAAAACUAAUUGAUAAAGCAAAUGAAAAAAAAACAAAAGAAAACAAAAUUCCUCCUGCACCAGACGGUGGUGGUGGUAGUGGAAACAAAAAUCCAGGAUCACAACCAGUGGUACCACAAGCACCUAGUGGGACACAGGCACAUAUAUGUCAGCAGGUGGAACAAACACUUAAGAGUAAAAACCAAAGUAAUGGUAGAAUAGGUCAAUGUAAAGACAAAUAUGAUAGAUCUAAAAAAACACCUUAUCCUGGAUGGGAUUGUGGUGAGGGACCGAACACUGUAGUGUCGGGCAAAGGUGAAUGCAUGCCUCCUAGAAGGCAAAAACUAUGCAUAUAUUUUAUAAAAGAAUUAACUGGUAAUAAAACGACAGACGAUUUACGAACAGCCCUUAUAAAAUCUGCAGCAGCAGAAACAUUUUUUGCUUGGAAUUAUUUUAUAAAUCAUGGUAGGGGGAAAGGUAGUGGUGGCAAGAAACUACUAGAUAGUGGUACUAUUCCUCCUGAAUUUUUACGUUCUAUGUUCUAUACUUUUAGCGAUUUGAAAGAUUUGGUAAUAGGAAAAGAUAUAGCUAGCGAUGUGCUUACAGAAAAAAAUAAUAUAAAAACUAUUCUUGAAAAACAUGGCAAAAAGGAUGGUACACAACGUUUAUCCUGGUGGAAAGAAAUUGAAGAACAAGUAUGGAAUGCUAUCGUGUGUUCGUUAAGUUAUAAUGAAGGAACAAAACGAAUGGAUCAAAUUAAUCAAGCAAAACUCAAAAACCAAAACGGAUUUGGUACCGUGAAGUUUGGUGAUCCCACUAGUGUGACGUUAUCCACGUUUGUUGAGCGACCCCAAUUUUUGCGAUGGCUGACCGAAUGGUACGACGAUUAUUGUCAACAGAAACACACAAAAUUGGAAGCGGUAAAAAACACAUGUAAGAAAGUUGGUGACACUAAUUUUCAAUGUGAUAACGCACAGUGUAAAACCGCAUGUGGUGAAUAUGAAAAAUUUAUGAGUGAGAGAAAAAAACAUUGGGAUAAACAAAGUAAAUACUAUACAUCACAAAAAAAUGGAACCACUAGUGGAUAUAGUGAACCAGAUGCUACCAAAUACUUAAAAAAAUAUAUAUCUUUCACAUGUGGUGAUAAAUCCAGUGGUGCCACACCACCUAGUGGUGCCGACCAAGUGGUAGACAACAUCAACGCGUUGACGUCACAACCACCACCUAUAUAUGACGUUGAUGAGUAUUGUGGGUGCAAGAAAUAUAUUGACGACAAAGAAUAUGGGGAGAUUUCGGGGAAAGAUAAUUGUAAAGGAUUGAUGGAUGAUGUCAAAGAUAACAAAAUGAAAUGGCAGAACACUGAUGAUACAGAAUAUAGUGGUUUUAAGAAAGAUGGUGUAUCUGAAAAAAUAUAUAUCCCUCCAAGAAGACAAAGAAUAUGUUUUAAAGAUCUUGACGGCACAUCGAAUAAAGUUAAUAGUAAAGAAACGUUACGAGAACAAUUGUUGAAAAUUUCUGCUACUGAAGGAUAUAAUUUAGGUCAAUAUUAUAAAGCAAAAAAUGACAAUGGUAGUUCUGAUAAAUAUAAAUAUGAUGUUGAAGCAUGUAAUGCUUUCAAAUAUAGUUUUCUUGAUUUAAGAGAUAUAAUAUUAGGAACAGAUAAUUUAGAACAUGGAGGACAAGGUACCGAACAAAAAAUUAAAGAAAUAUUUGAUAAAGAUGGUAAUAACGGUGGUACUCCUGGUAGUGAUGAACGAAAACAGUGGUGGGAAACCAAUAAAAAAUGUGUGUGGGAAGCAAUGAAAUGUGGGUACAAAAAAAGUGGCAACGGAAAAGACAUAGACACGUGUAAUCAACCUAGUGAUACCACGUAUCCCCUUGGUGAUGACCGUGAUAGUGGCAAAAACCUCCAGUUUUUGAGAUGGUUCACAGAAUGGGCAGAAGAUUUUUGUAAACACAAGGAAAAAGAGUAUAACACUUUGAAAAAUGCAUGUGUGGGGUGUACUAUAACUACUGGCGCUGGCGGUAUUAAAACAUGUGAUAAAGGUAGUUCAGUAUGCAAAAGAUGUGAAAUUGCGUGUCAAAAUUAUAAAACGUUUAUUAGAAAAUGGAAAGAGCAAUUUAAUAAACAAAGCAGCAAAUAUACUCAGGAUAAAAACGAUAGUAAAUAUACUAACCAUCCUGUGGCAAAAAAUGCAGAAAAUGCUCGAAAUUAUUUAAACGAAACCUUAAAAAAAACGUGUCCAGCCAGUGGUGCUACUAGUGGUGUUGAAUGUAAUUGUAUGGAACAAAAGUCGACCAUACAAAUUUCGAAACAACAUGGUAGUAGUGAUAUGCCCGCAUCAUUGGAUGAAACACCUAGUGAAUAUGAAAACAAAUGCACGUGUCUUGUGACGCCUCCACCUACACCACAAGCACAACAGAAGGAAGCCUGCACCAUAGUGAAAGGAAUACUUAGUGAUAAGGAUGGAAGACAGGCAGUAGAUCAAUGUAAUCUAAAAUAUGAUCCAAUUAAAACACCAAAAAACAAAUAUCCUGGAUGGAAAUGCGGCGACAAACAUCCAAAUUUAGUGAAAGACACCAAUGCAUGUAUGCCUCCAAGAAGACAAAAAAUGUGCCUAUACUAUCUAACACAAAGUAUUAGUGACACCAACAGUUUGCGUAAGGCUUUUAUAAAAACUGCUGCAGCAGAAACCUUUCUUCAUUGGCAAUAUUAUAAAGAAUAUGGUGGUAACACUGAGGCACAAAACCAAUUAAAUAGUGGAAAAAUCCCGGAUGAAUUUUUACGUUCCAUGAUCUAUACGUUUGGAGAUUAUAGAGAUUUAUGUAUGGAUAAAGAUAUAUCAGUAAAAUCGAAUACAUCAAAUAAAAAAAAUGAUGUGGGUAAGGCAAUAGAUAAUAUAAAAAAAAUUCUUAAACCAAAUAAUGGAACCGACGACCGUGAAACGUGGUGGAAAACAAACGGCCCAGAUAUCUGGGAAGGAAUGGUGUGUGGCUUAUCGCAUCAUAUUAAAGACGAUAUAUCACGAGACAAACUAAAAAAUAGGAACAAAUACAAAGACUUUACAGACCAUUUUGCGAAAAAACAUCAAUUUUUACGAUGGUUUGCCGAAUGGGGAGAAGAAUACUGCAUCAAAAGAGGAAAAUUGGAGUUUGAAGUGAAAAAAAAUUGUGAAAAACGUAAUGAUUAUGCUGGGUGUAAAACCACUAACGGUGCUAGUAGUUGUGUUAAUGCUUGCGAAAAAUAUAAUGAAUUUAUUAAGGAGAAAAAAUCAGAAUAUGAGACACAAAAAAAAAAAUUUGAGGUUGAUAAGACUCAGAAAAAAGAAGGAUAUGAUGGUUUUUCAACUAAAGGUGCUCCAGAAUAUUUGAAAGAUAAAUGUUUGGAUGGUACAUGUUCUUGUAUGGAAAAAGUUAAAAAUACUAAUGAUUAUUGGAAUACUCCUAACAAAACUUAUGAAACCAAUAAUCUGGGAAAAAAGUGCGAGUGUACGCCUUUUCCACAACCGUAUCCAUCUCCUGUACAGCCUCCAGCAGUAACAGAAAAAAUUAGUUGUGUAGAAAAAGCGGCAAAAUCAUUAAAAGAGGAAAGAGACAUAAAUGUGAAUAGUAAUUUGAAAGGGAACGGAACAACAUUAAAUGGUAAUUGCAACGAAGUAGAUAAUGUUAUUAUACAAGGUGUAAAUGGUGCUAAGAUCAUUGAUAAAGAAAAAUUGAAGACUACAUUUCCAUCAAAUGCAUAUUCAUGUGAAAUAGUUGGAACUGAUCGUUUUGAUGUUGGAAAACCAUGGAGAUGUGAUAAUAUAAAUAAUAGGCAAAACAAUUUAUGUUUGCCUCCAAGAAGACAAUAUAUGUGCAUAAAAAAAAUAGAAAAUAUAUUCAGUUCAAAUAUUGAAAAUAAUGAACAAUUGUUGAACGAAGUCAUGAAAGCGGCAAAAGAUGAAGCCAUAGAUAUAUUAAAAAAAUUAAAACAAGAAAAAGGAACUGAAUUUUCUGAUAUAUGUGAUGCUAUGAAAUAUAGUUUUGGUGAUUUAGCAGAUAUUAUAAGAGGAAGGGAUUUAUGGAAUAAGGAUAAUAAACAAAAAGGAAUACAAACAAGGUUAAGAAAUAUAUUCAGAAAAAUAUAUUAUAAGUUGGACGAUCAAGAUAAAAACAAAUAUAAUUCUGAUAUGACAUUUUUUUAUGAUUUACGUUCUGAUUGGUGGGAUGCUAAUAGAGAAUCAAUUUGGAAAGCAAUGACAUGUGUUGUUCCUUAUGAAGCUAAGUUUUUAAAAAAGGACAAAAAUGAAACUACAAGCUUGUCACAACAUAAAAAAUGUGGACAUCAUCAUGCAGCUCCAUUUGAUGAUUACAUUCCUCAAAGGUUUCGUUGGAUGCAGGAAUGGAGCGAAUAUUUCUGUAAAGCACGUACAAAAGAAAUUGAAAAAUUACAGACGUCAUGUAAUGAAUGCACCAUUAUAGGCAAAUCAUGUAAAGAUGAUGACGAAAAUGGAACUAAAUGCAAAACCUGUAAAGACACAUGUAAAUCAUAUAGUAGUUUUGUCCAUCAGUGGAAAUCUCAGUUGGAAACACAAUCGAAAACAUACAAUGAAUUGUAUGAAAAAGCAAAUAUAAAUAGUGUUAGUGGUGGUAGUACUAAAUCUACAUCUAAUAAUACGAAGACUAUGGCAGGACGACGAUCACGUAGGCAAAGAAGUAGACAUACCUCUAGAAGUGUUCAAGACGAUGAUAAUAAACGUAUAGAUAAUUUUUUAAAAGAAGUGAAAUUUCAAUGUGGUGACAACGCCAAAACUGCAGAAAAAUAUCUUGAUAAAGCAAAUAAUUAUGUAUAUUGCACAUUUAAUUCCCAUCAAAAUACCGACGAAAAAUAUGCUUUCAAAGAUACACCUGAUGGAUAUGAAAAUGUAUGUGAAUGCGAAGUUCCCGAUGCCUUAGAUGAGUGUCCUUAUGGAAUAAACAAUAAUGUAUAUAACGACAUGUGUAACUCUUUAACUACUACAAUAACAUGUACGAAAGGACCGUUGAAUAAUGAUCUGGACAAUUGGACUUCUGACAAUGUCAAAGAGUCAACAGGUAACAAUAAAAACAUAGUAGUUCCACCUAGAAGAAGACAAUUAUGUCUUAGGAAUUUAACUUCAAAUUUGAGUCAUAUAAAAAGUAAGGAACAUUUCAAAAAGGAACUUCUAAAAUCUGUCCAUACUCAAGGAAAAUUGUUAGGGGAUAAAUAUAAUGGUCAACCUGAGAAAGCAUUAGAAGCUAUGAAAUAUAGUUUUUCCGACUAUGGAGAUAUAAUUAAAGGUACGGAUAUGGUAGAUAAUUUAGGUAUUUUGGACAAUAAAUUAAAUACAAUAUUUAAACAAAAUAGUACUGCUACAGGAAAUACAUCAGAGAACCGUAAACAAUGGUGGGAUCAAAAUAAAAAACAUAUAUGGCACGCUAUGUUAUGCGGAUAUAAGAAAUCAAAUAAGUUACCAAUAGAUAUAGAUACAUAUACAGAAAAUGAAAUGUGUAAAUUGCCUAAUAUUGAAAAAAAAGACCAGUUUCUUCGAUGGUUAGAAGAAUGGUCACAACAGUUUUGUAAAGAGAAAAAAAAAGAAGCGGACGUAGUUUUCCAGAAUAAAUGUUUAGAAAAAAAUAAAAGAGGAAAUGCUAAACAAAUUAGUGUUAUACCUGACAUGACAUGUAGAAAUAUACUACAAACAUAUAAAUACUGGUACCUUAAAAGAUAUAAACAAUGGGAAAAAUUAAAGGAAGUAUAUAAAUCUCGUCAUGCAAAUAGUGCUGUAAAAUCAUCUGAAGGUAUAGAAUUAAAGAAUGCCAAUGAGUAUUUAAAAAAACAAUGUAAAGAAUGCAAUUGCGAUGUUAAUAUUUUGGAUGAUAUAUUUAAAGAAAACAAUAAGGACAACCAAGAGAAAUUAUUGACUGAAUUAACUAAAAUUGCAACAACAGAUGCUACGGAUCCAAUAAAUCCAUUGGACGCUAUGAAUAAUUUAGUUCAAAAUAUAUCAAGAAUAGUAAAAAUUGCAGUGAAAAAAGUAAUUCCAGAACCAACAAAAACUGUACAAGAAGUACUUGGAAAAGUAGUGCAUACUGCUUUUCACGCAGCAGCACAGGCUAAAGAUAUCGUAGAAAAAGUACAACAACAAAUUCAAGAACAAAAGGAAAAAAAUUCACAACCAACACCCGCAAAACCUGCUACACCCAUAACACCAUUAACACCCCCACAAAAGAACGAACCAGAUAUCACAAAUAACAUAUUAUCUUCCACUGUCCCCGUUGGAAUAAGUUUUGCCCUAGGUUCCAUCGCUCUACUAUUUUACCUGAAGAAAAAACCGAAAUCUUCUCCUGUGGAUUUGUUGCGUGUCCUUGAUAUCCCACAAAACGAUUAUAAAAUACCUGAUGAAACAUCCACAAAUAGAUAUGUUCCAUACAGUAAAUAUAAAGGCAAAACAUAUAUAUACGUGGAACGUGACGGUGACAGUGAAGAUGACAAAUAUAUUUUUACAUCUGAUACUACUGACGUGACUUCAUCAGAAAGUGAAUAUGACGAACUGGAUAUUAACGAUAUAUAUCCAUAUAGAUCACCAAAAUAUAAAACUUUAAUUGAAGUGGUAUUGAAACCAACUAAAAGUGGUGACACAUCAAAUAGUGGUGAUAUACCUAGUGAUAUACCCACUAAUAAAUUUAAUGAUGAAGAAUGGAAUGAAUUAAAAAAGGAUUUUAUUUCCCAAUAUUUACAAAAUGAUAAUAUGGAUGUACCUAAUAAAAAUAUUAUUGAUGAUAAUAUGUAUAUGGAACCUAAUAUUAUACCCAAUAGUAUGGAAGAAAAACCUUUUAUUACACAAAUUCAAGAUCGAAAAUUAUAUAGUGAUGAUAAAGAUGUUUUUAGUUAUAAUAUUGAUUGGAAUAUACCAAAUAAUAUUAGCACUAAUACUGCGACAUAUAAUAGUUUAUAUACUGGUAUAGAUCUAAUUAAUGAUUCGUUAAAUAGUGGUAAUGAUAUAUAUGAUGAGUUGUUAAAACGAAAAGAAAACGAAUUAUUUGGAACAAAUCAUACAAAAAAUACAACAACAAAUAGUUUUGCCAAAAAAACAAAUAGCGACCCUGUACUUAACCAACUAGAAUUGUUUGAUAAAUGGUUAGAUAGACAUAGAGAUAUGUGUAACGAAUGGAAUAAUAAAGAAGAAAUGUUACAUAAAUUAAAAGAUGAAUGGAAUAAAGAAAAUAACCAACAUAUAAUGAAUAUAUCAUCACCUCAUAAUGAUAUGAAUGAUGAAGAAACAUAUAAUAUGAUUAAUACAGAAAAUCACGAAGGUAAUGAUAUAACAUUUGUUGAACAUCUUGGAUCAACAUAUAAUACAUCCAACGAUCUUCAAACAAACAAUUUACGUACAAAUAUUUAUAUGGAUAUACAUUAUAAUGAAAAUAAUGAUAUACCAAGUAAUGAUAAUUUGGAAAAUUCGUACAAUUCUUCAUGA